AUGCCGCUGACAAUCCUCUCCGCGUCCCAGCUGCGAACGUUACUGCACUCCCUCAACCGCGAUGAAAUCGUGGACCUCCAAAAGCACCUGGCCGAAGCCCUGCGGGAAUACUCAACCGGGUCGCAGGAGCAGGGCUGCUCGGCCACCUACCAGCCUCAACGAACGGCCAUCACCCGCCAGAAUGGCUGCACCACGCUCUUCAUGCCCGCCAGUACCGGGCAGACCAUCGGAAUCAAGAUGAUUUCCUUGCAGGAUGGAGGCGAUGCGGGAUGCGCCGUGGAAAAGGGCAUCAGCUUUGACAGUUCCGAGGGGGAUCAGACGUCAUUACGGUCGCGAAGCAUUCGCAGCUCGGUGAUCUCAAUGUCUUCCGACAUGAGCGAUUUAUCAGUAGGUUCAUCCCAGGAAGACAACAAUUCUAGCCCCACGGACACGACCCCGUCUGGGAGCAGUAGCAUGACUUCGUCCUUGAUGACUGGCUGCGUCAACCAGCAACCGGUCGCGUCUAGCACAUCCAGCAUCUCCGACACUAUGGGCGCAUGGCCAGGAGCGGGCUCCCGCGAUACCUCGCCGCGGGGUAGCGUGACACUACUGGACGGAGAGAGCCUGCCCUUCGGCCUCAUCAACGCCCACGAGCUGACAGCCUUCCGCACGGCGCUGGCUUCGCUACUGAUCUUCAACAAGCGCAAAAAGGUGCGCACCCUCUUGGUCUUUGGGGCUGGCACCCAGGCCUACUGGCACAUCCGACUGGCCCUGGUUCUACGAGGCGACGAGAUCGGGCGCGUGUACAUCUUCAACCGAUCCUUUGACCGCGCCGCCAAGCUCCUGCGCGACAUCUACUUGCCGGAGAACGCCGAGUGGCGACGCGACGUCAAGUUCUCCGCGCUCAGUAGUGAAUUCGGCGAGUACAACCGCAUUUUGAAAGAGACGGUGCGCAAAGCCGAUGCCAUCUUCUGCUGCACCCCGUCGACCUCCCCGCUGUUUCCCGCCGAGUUCCUGACCUCGCGCGAGGGGCGGCAGAAAGGCCGACUCAUUGGCGCGGUGGGUUCCUACAAGGCGCAUAUGGCAGAGAUACACCCGGAUAUUCUCCGGGACGAAGUGCUUGUGACGCCACCGCAUCGGCACUUCCACAAGCAUACGAAGCGCAGCGGAGUCGUCGUGGUGGACAGUCUGGACGCGGCGAUGAAGGAGGCCGGCGAGAUCAUCCAAGCCGGCAUUCGACCCACGCAGGUGGUGGAGCUCGGUGAAUUGCUCAUGGUGCGGCAGGCCUCCCAGGCCAGUGAGGAAGACACGGCGGAUGAAGAAAAGAGCCUGCGGGAAUGGGUGGAGCGGGGCAAUGUCAUCUACAAGAGUGUCGGACUGGGAUUGAUGGAUCUCGUGACGGGCGGCGACCUGGUGCGAUUGGCCCGCGAGAGGAAUCUGGGGACGACGGUGGAAGAUUUUUGA